ACUCCUCCACGCGUGACCCCUCGCUCACCCGCGCCGCGCUGCUUGAUAAAAACGCGGACGCGGAAUGAGUUCUUUCGCAUUAAUCAGCUUGUCCGUUUGAUUUCAAGCGAAUCAGUUAAUUCACACGGGCGGACACAGAGUCGCGGACGGCACCUAUGGAUUUCGGGCCUCGAAAUGCGCGGGGGCGGAGGUUCAGGCCUCGCCAGGCUGCGUGCAAGAACUAGGUAUCUGAAAACCCAUAUUCUUUGGUGAAGACAAGAAAAAUCGGGCGCUGGGUGCGUUCUGGACUUCAGAAGUAACUGUGCGUUUGUUGAUGCGAAGCCAAAACCUAUUUGGUGACUGCCAUUGACAAUGACAGGAACAGAGAAAUUCCUGGUCCUUGCACUCCUGCUCUCCACAACCUCCUCCAUGCUGUACAGCCGACAAAGACACAGGUGGUCCUCCCCUCUCUACAGAUCCUCCUACACACCAAGCUCAUCCUCCUCUCCUUCACCGUCCCUGCUGAGGAUUCGCCAAAGGCUCAACGCCAUCAAGCAUAGGCCGCCAUUGGGUUCCAAGUACCAGAACCGACUGAGAAACAUCUGUCGAGUGGAAGCCGUCUUGUUACGAUUACAGCCGCCACUGAGUUACGCGGAAACGUGUGACGCAACUCUCGUGCACACCUUCGGCUGUCGUGGAGGCUGCUCCUCCUACAGCAGCGUGGACCCACGAAACGCCACAAACAUACUGCACUCUUGCAGCUGCUGUCAACCUCUGCGGUUUAUGAUGUCAAUCGCCGAGCUCCCGUGCAAGAAUGGACAACACAUCCGGGUCCCCGUGAAGAAGGCGCUGCGCUGUACUUGCCGGCCGUGUUACUCAGACAACUCUGCGAAGGACACUGUCAAGUUGAGGGAUUUGCUCACCAGGGCGGCGGUCAACACACCGUUUCCUCUGGGGUGAACGCGCCCUUUUACGUGGCCCUACGGACGACACUGUAGAGAGAAAAAUUCGUUUCUUUACCUUUUCAAUUGGAACCGAAAGGGGAAAAAAAUCAAUAGUUUUGAAAGACAGCAAGAUGUCGCAAGGGAUUUUCUUGUGAAAUUUCAUGUUCACUGACUACAGAAAAUCCGCUGAUGAUAUCUGACAAAUUGGGCGUUUCUAUUUAAGAAUCCUUUUAUGUCUGGUUUGAGGUUUGUAGAUUGCAGUUCCGCCCUGGUGUGGGUCUAAAAUGAGCAGUGUUUUAUUGGUAUCUUCUCUGACAGCCAGCGGAUUAUGACGCUCAGACCCAGUCUCAUACUGUUACAAAUGCAUUUGGGUAUGAGUAAGAACACAUGUUGAAACUUUUUUUUUUCUUUAAGUGUGUUUCCUAUUUAUACUUUGCCAAUAAAACCUUUGCCAUGUAUUCCGUGCUGUUGGCAAGGACGAAAACUUACACGUCGAAGUGGACGCUGUGUUCAAGUGAGGCUUCCAUGGUAUCGACUGUGUUGUUCUCAUAAACAUCCGCUCGUCAUAAUACGAACUAAUCAAUUGUGCAUCUCUCUUCAAGUUGGUUGUGACAAGGCUUGGAAUAUGAGUUUGAGUUUUCCCCGUAUUACAACAACAGAUAAUAAUCGGAAUGUGGUAGUGCAUCGUCCCAAUGGUAUCCGAAUCCUUCUAAAUUCCUUGACAAAAAGUCAUAACAAUCUUGUUGUCGAAUGUGGUAUAAAUUAUAAAUAAAUUAUUGUUUCAUUUGUCAAAUAUUUGUGCCACGACAUUAUUUGCGCUUGCAUAAUCAAGAUGGGUGAUACCAUUUAUCAUCAGUUGGUUUGUCUUUUUGGUCUUUCGUAUCUACAAAUAUUUAUUUAAUUGAAUCAGUAAAUGAUUGUUUCAGUUCUGUUGUACAUAUUCUUGUGGAAUAAGAUCAUAAGCAUUAUUCAAAAGCCAAAACGAUUUUUGUUACUUUAAAAAAAA